UAUGGUCUGUAUGCAAUGACUAAGAAACGAAUGUUCGAAAAGUCUAGAUGUACUUAUCGUAAUUGUCAAUAAAGUCGUAAUCAUGUGGAGAAAGAAUUAAAUUCUUUUACGAUGUAUUUUUGGUUUUAAAUUGAUCAGUGUAGAUCACUUUAUUAUUAUUAUUUUAUAUGUUAAAUAAAUAAUAAGAAACAUGGUAGACACAAAAGUAAUUGCAAACGAAGAACAAAAUUGUCAAGAGAGUAGAGUUCGUGCAAAUAGUUCUGGUACAACAACUUCGACACCUUCUUCUUUAUCUGAUUAUAUGACAGGAGAAGCAGAUGAUAGUUCUGACAGUAAAGGCAGCAUACCUUUCAACUUAAAAUCCGUAGAACCUUUAGUUUCAUUGUCUAAGGCAACAUCUGAUGAAGAUCUACAAAGAAUGGUAGAAAAAUGUAAACAAAUGGUAUUAGAAAGCGCAGAAUGUUCAGAUGAAAGAAAAUGGCUUGUAAGGCGUUUAAUUGAAUUACGUUUACGAGUUCAAGAGUUGCGAGAAACAUCAGACAAGAAUCUUCUUGAAACUCAUGUAAUACUCGGUCAUCAUUUGGUUCCACAAAAGUAUCAUAUAACUUCUUCUGGACCUGUAUAUUGUGAUCAUUGUAGUGGCACAAUUUGGAUGAUGCUUCAGUCUUGGUACAUGUGCAGUGAUUGUAGGUUCUGUGUUCAUUGGAAAUGUUUAAAUAAUAUAUGUCGUGUGUGUGUACAUGUUAUUGCUAGUGAAGCUGGUGGUUAUACUUAUACUAAAGACAUUUGUCCAGAAAGAGGAUUAUCUAGUCAAGGAUAUCGCUGUGCAGAGUGCAAGAUACAAAUAACGUUUACAUUCCCGAAAGGAUUGUCAUUAUCUUGUUUUGGUAGUCCUUUUAAGAGUUCAGAAUCAGCAUGGAUAGAGCCACGACUGUGUGACUACAGUGGUUUAUAUUACUGUCAGAGAUGUCAUUGGAAUACGACUAUGGUAAUACCUGCAAGAGUUAUUAGAAACUGGGAUAUGGAACCAAGGCUUGUUUGUCGUGCCGCAGCUCAAUUAUUGGCACUCCUUGAAGAUCGUCCAUUUUUAUUAUUGGAAGAAUUAAAUCCAAAAUUGUUUACGUUAGUCCCAGAUUUGUCUUUAGUAAAAAGAAUGAGAGAAGAAAUGCAAAUGAUGAAGCGUUAUUUAAUAAUUUGCCCAGAAGCUAAUAUACAAGGAUUGCCAUGGAAAGUUGGAUUGCGUACACAUAUAAUUGAAAAUCCUGGAAAUUAUUCGAUAAAAGAUCUUAUCGAUCUACAAAGUGGUGUUUUACUUGAAGAAAUUCGUGUUGCUUAUGAUAUUAUGCAUGUUCAUAUUACCGAACAAUGCGAAUUAUGUAAAGCUAGAGGUCAUUUAUGUGAAGUGUGUGGAAACAAUGAAAUUAUAUAUCCCUGGGAUGCUUGUGCAAUUAAUUGCCAACAAUGUCUAGCUGUGUACCAUCGUCCCUGUUGGUCUAAACGAAAUCACUCUUGUCCGCGAUGUGCACGACUUGAAAAACGUCGAGCUUUAGAAGAAGGAGAACCUUCAAAUAUUAAGAACCUUUCUAAAAAUGAAUCAUCUGAACAUCAUAAAGUUAAAAAUUCGCUUGAAAAUAUAAAUUAUAACUAAAAAUGCUGUACACACGACUCCUUGUAUUAAUGAUCUUGAUCGUAACGAUCGAACAAAGUAGAGGAAUAAAUAUUGGAUCAAUCUUUGGUUUCGGUCGAGAUCUUAA